GGCAGUGCGGAAGCGGAAGAGGCUGCAGGGCCGGGAAGCUUCUCCUUAGGCCGGCCGGGUCCUGCGGUCCGGGCCGCCCGCCGCGAUGCCGAGCCCCCGGAGGAACGCCGAGGGACGCCCGCUGGCCGCCUGCGCCCCGAGCAGCAGCGGCAGCCCGGCCCAGGGCGGCGGCGGCCGCGGCAGGUUCGAGUUCCAGUCCCUGCUCAGCAGCCGCGCGCCGGGCGCCGACCCCACCUGCGCCCAGCUCCGCGCGUCCGAGAGCCCAGUGCACCGCCGCGGCUCGUUCCCCCUGGCCGGGGCGGGCUCCUCGCCGGCGCUCCCGCCCCCGCUGCCCGAAGAGGACCGCAUGGACCUGAACCCGUCCUUCCUGGGCAUCGCCCUGCGCUCGCUGCUGGCCAUCGACCUGUGGCUGUCUAAGAAGCUGGGGGUAUGUGCGGGGGAGAGCUCAUCCUGGGGCAGCGUGCGGCCCCUUAUGAAAUUGCUGGAGAUCUCGGGACACGGCAUCCCCUGGCUGCUGGGCACCCUCUACUGCCUGUCCAGGAGCGACAGCUGGGCCGGACGAGAGGUGCUGAUGAACCUGCUCUUCUCCCUGCUGUUGGACCUGCUGCUGGUGGCCCUGAUCAAGGGGCUGGUCCGCAGGCGCCGCCCGGCCCACAACCAGAUGGACAUGUUUUUCACCCUUUCGGUGGACAAGUACUCCUUCCCUUCGGGCCAUGCCACCAGGGCCGCCCUGGUGUCACGGUUCAUCCUGAAGCACCUAGUGCUGGCCAUUCCACUGAGGGUGCUGGUGGUACUGUGGGCCUUCAUCUUGGGCCUCUCCAGGGUCAUGCUGGGGCGGCACAAUGUCACCGACGUGGCUUUUGGCUUUUUUCUGGGCUACAUGCAGUACAGCAUCGUGGACUAUUUCUGGCUUUCACCGCACAAUGCUCCAGUCCUCUUUGUACUGUGGAACCAACAAUGACACCAUCUCAUUCGUUAUGGCACCAGAUCUGAAGGUUUCUACACGUGAUGAUGCUGACAUAAACCAGCAGCCAUCCUGCUUGCCCCCCUAAGGAUUUCAGGCUUCCUUUUGGGAUUUCAGGUGUCCUACAGUCUUGAUGGGUUGCUAGGCUAGAGCACAGUGCUGACCAUUACUGAUGACAGCCAUAUUAUAGAAAGCAAAAAAAAACCCCUCUAUUAUAUACCUAUUCAACAACUUUUUAUAUCUCUAGGACAACUUCAAAGAAACCAAGU